AUGGAGCUGCUUCCUCUGCUCACGUGGGUCAUCCUUGCGCACGCCAUGGCGUACCUGGCUUGGACGGCCGCCGCACGCCGCCGGCAGUCGCGGUGCUACCUCCUAGACUACGUGUGCCACAAGCCCCGCGACGACCGGAAGCUGUCGACGGAGACGGCCGGCGACGUGAUCCAGCGCAACGUGCGGCUGGGUCUAACCGACUACCGCUUCCUCCUCCGCGUCAUCGUCCGCUCCGGCAUCGGCGAGGAGACCUACGCCCCGCGCAACAUCCUGGAGGGCCGCGAGGACACGCCCACCCUGCAGGACUCGCUGGAGGAGAUGGACUCCUUCUUCGACGAGGCCAUCGCCGAGCUCUUCGCCCGGACGGGGUUCGCGCCGCGCGACGUGGACGUGCUGGUCUUCAACGUCUCCAUGCUCUCCCCGUCGCCGUCGCUGUCGUCCCGGAUCGUGCGCCGCUACGGCCUGCGCGAGGACGUGGCGGCGUACAACCUCACGGGGAUGGGGUGCAGCGCGGGGCUCAUCGCGCUGGACCUGGCCCGGAACGCGCUGCGGACGCGGCCCCGCGCGCUGGCGCUCGUGGUGUCGUCUGAGUCCAUAGCGCCCAACUGGUACUCCGGCACCGACAAGUCCAUGAUGCUGGCCAACUGCCUGUUCCGCUGCGGCGGCUCCGCGGUGCUGGUCACCAACGACCCGGCGCACCGCAGGCGCGCCAAGAUGGAGCUCGGCUGCCUGGUGCGCGCCAACAUCGGCGCCAGCGACGACGCGCACGCGUGCGCGCUGCAGCGGGAGGACGGCGAGGGCCGCGUCGGGAUCAGCCUCAGCAAGGCGCUCCCCAAGGCCGCCGUGCGCGCCUUCGCCGUGAACCUGCGCCGCCUCGCGCCGCGCGUGCUCCCCGUCGCCGAGCUCGCGCGGUUCACCGCGCACCACCUCGCCCGGAGGCUCUUCUUCCGGUUCCCGCAGAUGCAGGGCUCCGGAUCCGGCAAGCAGCAGAACGGCGGCGACGCGGCGCCAAAGAUCAACUUGAAGGCCGGGGUGGACCACUUCUGCCUCCACCCCGGCGGCACGGCCGUCAUCGAGGCGGUGAAGCAGAGCCUGGGCCUGGAGGACGAGGACGUGGAGCCGUCGCGGAUGACGCUGCACCGGUGGGGGAACACGUCGGCGAGCAGCCUCUGGUACGUGCUGUCGUACAUGGAGGCCAAGGGGCAGCUCAAGGUCGGGGACAGGGUGCUCAUGGUCACCUUCGGGUCCGGGUUCAAGUGCAACAGCUGCGUGUGGGAGGUGACCGGCGACAUGGCCGACAGGGGAGCCUGGGCCGACUGCAUCGACGCCUACCCGCCGGCGACGCUCGCCAAUCCGUACAUGGACAAGUUCGGUUGGAUCAACGACGUCGACGGCGACACCUUGAUGCUCUAA